AAUCCAGCCAUCGCCAUGUCUCUGUAACCUUGUCCACUUCCUGACAUGUUUGUUUGUUGUUUAUGUCGCCGGGCUGAUGAUGACCAGUCAAUCUGGUGAUUGAUAUUGUGAGCAACGGGCCACGACGUCGGGGUAGAUGACACCCCAUCAUCGAAAUCUCCGAACUUGACAACGACAGCAUAGGUUACUGAGGCCAGAAUCCCAGCCAGAGGUAUGUAAGCUAUACAUGUGACAUUGUGACGUCACAUUCACAACAUGGCGCCGUCAAUCAUCUGUCUGGUGUUCAGCUUGUUUGUCAUCACAGAGACGACCGAUAUCUCUGGGUCAGUUCCCAAUAUGACCGUAGAUGACGUCACAAUGUCUCCCGAUGGCUUUUAUUACAUGCUAGUUGGUAGGACAGUGAACCUUACGUGCUGGGUGACGUCAUCAACGUCUAAUUCAAGCAGCCUCGUUAUCGCAUUGAACGACAGUCUACGUGACGACGUCAUUACGCCCGAUGACGCUACAGCACAGGUCACCGUAACCAAUAUGGCGGCGGGGACAUUUUUCUAUCGAUGUUGUGUGAGCAGCUGUCCAGCCAUGUCCGAGCUGAAUCCAUCUGAUCCAAAUAUAUCCGCGGUCACUCUCAAAUAUGGUGACCCUCCUCCACUGGUUAGCAACGUCACCUGCGCCUCCCUCGACUUCAUCAACCUCGACUGUUCCUUGACCAUCAGCGGCGCGGGACAGGAUGUUGCCUGGAUUCUCUCAUACUGCAUUAAGGAUUAUAUACCAACAGACGACCCGUUGGCGUGUCCUGGUGACAUCACCAGCAGGACUAAGUGUGACCCGUCCCCCCAGUGGCCACCCCCGGGCAAGGGUGUGAUGCUGUUUCACUGCGCGGAGGAGGUGCUGGAAUACCAGGUGUACAGGAUAUAUGUGGACGGUGACAGCCACUUCGGGAGGACUUCUUAUCUGACAGAGGUUUACACGGGGCCCAGUAUAGUGCAAUACAGUGCUGUGAGGGGGCUCCGGGUCGGCCCAAACGUCACGUCAACCAGUAUUACACUCUUGUGGGACAACCCAGUACGCAUCUUCGGGGCUCAGCCAAUGUACAGUGUGGUGGUCACACAGAGCGAGAUGGGAUACCAUGAGGAUUUUGAAAGCAAAGUGAGCAGCUACAAGGUACCCAGUUUGAGACCGGCAACGACAUACCUUGCUGAACUUCGGGCUAAACCAAGAUCGAGUCCCUACUGGAACAAGCCAACGUACAUCAACAUAACUACCCUGGACGCAGCACCCGGUGUCCCGCCAGGGCUCAAGCCAGGAAUGUAUACACGUUGGGAAGACGGUGUUCAUGUGAUGGUGUUCUGGCAAGCGGUGCCUCGAGCUCUCCGCAAUGGUAAAAUCACUCACCAUCGAGUGUGUCUGGAUCUCCCCAACAACGUCUCCCUGUUCUGCAACACGUUAAUUCCUGGAGAUCAGUUCCACUACCUCCUGGUUCUCCCAGAAGGUGCCGGAAACUGCACGGUCACAGUCCAAGCAGGGACACGAGCUGCCCUGUCAAAGAAAAGUAGCCUCCGAAUACCAAACAUUGGACAAGCCCCUCAACGUCCGCUGUACGUGACUGUCGAACAACAGGACGAUUCAAGCUACAACGUCAGUUGGGUGUUAGCCAAUCAUAACGUCAGAUUGGAUCACGUGUAUGUCACCUGGUGUCAAGCUUUUCGUACCAGCGAAGAAGUAACUUGCAUAAAUGACGUUCACUCAGUAGAGAUAGACGGCAGUGCAACUUCCUACACUGUAACACUCGCCAUGGAUCCUGGUCUGAGAAAGGGGGCGUGGUUUGGCGUGGCUACAAGCGCGGAUGACGUCAGUGAUGGAACAACAUGGAAUCAGUGCAUCUUUGUCAAAUAUGGAGCGAUGGGUAGUCCACCUGCAAUGAACGUGUUGUCAAACGAACGUACAGCAUGGCUGCCCCUAGGGUUUAGUUACUGCGACGUGUCUCUGAACAAAGGACGACCUUACGUCUACGAAGUCUCCUACCAGUCCACAAAUACAACGUCAUGCUCUGACGUCAACUGCACCGAUGGUUCGGUUAUACAGGAGCCGGCUCAGUUUGACACAACCGUUGUCUUUCUAACUGGACUUAACCGUCCCGCUAUGUACUGUGUCUGCCUGAGGGUGAGGAGUACUCUGAGGGUGGGGCCCUACAGCCACCCACCCAAGCUGCUAGAUCUGUCAGUCCUCACUGAUGACCCGAAACCUGUGAACCUUGCUGCCAUUGUGGGCGUGACAUCGGGGCUGGUAACUAUGGUGAUCGUGGCAGUGUUGUGCGUUGUGUACCAUCGCCGACGCCUAAACCCACUGAAGAAGAUACAGAUUGACCUCGGCAUGUUCAGGGAUAUGGAGCAUGGAGACAGUGGCGAUAAGAAUCGACUAAGUUCAGAGAAUCCAGCUUUCCUAAAUAUCCACGCUGACCCAACGCCCGUGUCCAGCUCCACAGCACACGAGGAUGAUGUAACCAGAAUGGAAAGCAACCAGUCCAAGGAUGACGGCCAUGCUGAACUACGCGUUUUACAAACUGAGCAGCCCCUCCGACCAGCCGACACAGAUUCAGGAAAUGCCAGCGAUGCAGCCAUGGUCGCAGUGUCAGCUGGUCCUGCAGGUGGAGUAGAAGGUCCAGAAUACGCACCAGGGAAUAUACAGGAUAAGGCGACGUCAGAGCCAGGAUCAUAUCCUUCAUCGGGCUAUAAGUCCACAUUGAAUCGAUCGAAAGCAUCUCGGAGCAGCACAGGUGGUAGUGUAACGUUGGCACAGGUACCUGGUCAUCUGAGUGGACAUCAAGACUUGGGAGCACCCAGCAAGCCAGAUGAGACAACUCCAUCCUUGUUGCCAAGCAACAAACAAAGCAGAACAGCUUCAAGAGUGGAAUCCCAACAUGAAAUCCUAGCUGAAGUUGACCAAGGUGGCUACGUGGUAUACCCGGGACAAGUAGCAGCAGGUGUUAGAAACGUGGAGCAGAGGAAGAAAGACGAAGAACGGCUCACAGAUGACCUUGAGUACGUACGGUGUAAUGUCAGUACGGAUGUCCCGAAUAUCCUCACAGAUGACUUUGAGUACGUACGGUGUAAUGUCAGUAUGGAUGUCCCGAAUGCCUCCACAGAUGACCUUGAGUACGUACGGUGUAAUGUAAGUACGGAUAUCCCGAAUGCCUCCACAGAUGACCUCGAGUACGUACGGUGUAAUGUAAGUACGGAUGUCCCGAAUAUCCUCACAGAUAACUUUGAGUACGUACGGUGUAAUGUAAGUGCGGAUGUCCCGAAUGCCUCCACAGAGGACCUUGAGUACGUACGGUGUAAUGUCAGUACGGAUGUCCCGAAUAUCCUCACAGAUAACUUUGAGUACGUACGGUGCAGUGCUCACAGCUCCAUUGUAGGUCAUGUUCAACCUGAAUCAACCUGAAUCGGGCGAUGCUCAAAGGACUUAUGGUAUGAACCUUGACUAUGUUCAGAUCCACUAGAUAUUGCCUUUGACAAGAACCGUGACUACGUUUAGAUCUAGACCUGCCACAUAUUAUCUGUGGUAUGAACCGUGACUAUGUUCAGAUCUACUAGAUAUUGCCUUUGACAAGAACCGUGACUACGUUUAGAUCUAGACCUCCCACAUAUUAUCUGUGGUAUGAACUGUGACUAUGUUUAGAUCGAUACCUUCUAGAUAUUACUUGUGGUAUGAACCGUGACUUUGUUCAGACCUCAUACAGAUAUUACUUGUGGUACAUGUAUGUACUGUGACUAUUUUCAGAUCUCCUAGAUGGCAAGGGCUGUUUACCUUUACUGUUCAGAUCUCAAAAAAUAACUUGUGGUAUGAACCAUGACUGUUCAGAUGUGUAUGAACACUGACUGUGCAAAUCCCCGAGAUAUGACGUGUUAUAUGAAAACUCGCUAUAUACUGACCAUAUGUGAAUCUUGACUGUUCAGAUCUCCCUGAAAUUACCUGUGGUAUGACCCUUGACUAUAUUGAGAUCUCCAGUAUAUAUUGUUGUUUGUGUGAUCCCCUGGAUACCACUUGUAAUCUUGUUGAAAUGAACCGUUACACUUUACAUAACGCUGACGUCUAUGGAAUGUGAAUGGAGGCUGUGGCUGUGUUUUUGAGUUACUGAGGUCAAAGUUACUCAGAGUUACUCAGGUUAUAAGUAUAUUUUCUUACAGACAUGGCCAAGCAAACAUUGCCAUUUGGGAUCUAUUUUCUAUUAGGUCUCUCACAAUGCGGCGAGUGAGUAUGGUUUUAUGCCGCUUUUAGCAAAAACCCAGCAAUAUCACGUUGAGAGACACCAGAAGUGGCCUCCACACACUGUACCCGUGAGGAAUCACCCCCGCCGCCAAUCGCACAAUGUAGACUGCAUGUCACUCAGGAUCCAAUCAAUGUAACUGUUCACAAAGUUAGUUUUAUGGCUGAUACCAUGUUUACCUUCCAGUAGCGUCGACAUGAAGGUACAAGUCCGUUUGAUUUCAUUUGAGACCGUUGAAAUGCUCACAAACACAAAAUCUAAUAAUUGCAAGAAAACCAAAUUUUGCACAUUCACAUGAAAUCGACAGACCAACUCUGAUGUUUGUUUUAUAAUUUUCGAUACCCGAAUAAAAAGGUUUGAAAAUCUA